CUGGUAGCGGGCAGGAUGUGGCACGUAUUGGCACUGGGAUUCUUAUUUUUUCCGGGGCUCUACCUCUUAAUCAGACGUUGUGCUCACCGAAUCCAGCCCCAAUGGUCCGAAGCGGAUUGUUCGCUCUUCAGCUCCAGAAUUGUCUCCUCAGUACACGCAAUAGCUGCAACAACCUCAGGAAUUCUUAUAACCUCUUCUAUCAAAGAUGUGAAAUCUGGCAGACACUGGCUGGCGACAACGUUCAUCUGGAUUGUCAUUCCUUACAUGGUUUAUGAUGCAUUAGCCAUGUUUCUAUGGCAUUGGUACAAAUGCAAAGAAAAAAUGGUUACAAAUGGGAAAGAUCACUUUUCUACUGCAAUGAACAGCUUCCUGCAGAAGGAUUUCCUCAUGCUAGUUCACCACACUGCAAUUCUAACUAUCUUUGUGCCUAUCGAUCAGUUCGUUAGAGGAGACAUUGGGGAUUUCUAUGUCGGUUGUCUAUUUCUAGCAGAAACAAGCACUCCAUUUCUUUGCCUUGGCAAAAUUUUAAUACAGAUGAACUUGCAGAACAGCCUCCUGCACAAAGUGAAUGGCAUUUUUAUAUUGCUUAGUUUCUUCACCUGUCGUAUCCUCCUUUUUCCAUUCAUGUACAAUGCCUACGCCAAGCAGUAUGGGAUCCCAAUCUAUAAAGUGCCGUUCAACAUCCCUUUGCAUUGCAAUAUUUCAAACGCCACACUCAUGGCUCCACAGAUAUAUUGGUUCUGGCUUAUUUGUAGAAAGGCAUUAAGACUUUAUAAAAGUUCACCAGCCUCCAAGGACAGAUAAGACAAGAGACUAUCACAAUUACUCUGUUAUUUAUAUUUGCAAUAAUUCUAGUGCCAUUACCUGGUGUGUGGGAGUGUGUCAUGAAGAUUACUGUCAAGCGGUAAAUGAUGUAGGCGCAUCAGGUACAGGAAGUCUGUAUCUAAAGGUCACUAAACUGUUACAUGUUACUUAAACUUCCUAACCCUUAACAGCUACCAUGAAGUCUGAAUAUAAAGAACUAACUAGACUUUUUUUAUUAUUAAAAAAAAGGACUCUAUAAAAGUCAUGUGCAACAGACCAUAUAUGUCAAUGUAUAUGGUUUAUUUGAUUUUGGUUAUGGUUUUAUAAUUUAAUAUUUUAAUGUAUUUGCAAGUCAAUACUUUAAUUGACAAGGUUGCCUUGCUUAGUACUAGUGUAUUUUGUGUGUUAUUCUUUAACAGAUUGUUUACUUUUAUCAAAAAAAAAAUCAACAAACUUAAGUAUAAAUUUGAAGAAGAAUAAAAAAAAACUAAAUAAAUAUAUAUAUCAGGGCUCAAAAUUUCCACUCUUUACUAGCCAUUGGCGAGUGGAAAUUUAAUGGUGGCGAGUGAAAGUUGUAAGUAGCAAAGGUAGCACAUUUGCAAAGUUUGCACUCCUAUUGCAUGACAAACACACAUUUCGGGCUAUGUGCUAAAAAUAUUAUCUGAAGGGAAAUUCUAUAUCCUAGAAAGGGCAAGAAUGUUAUUCCUCUAGGGCUGUAGGAACACCAUUAGUGCUUCUGAGAAGGUAAAUGGGGCAGAGAAAGAGAGAUUAGAGAGGAAAAGUAAAAGUGGGGACGAAGAAAGCUUUACGAGAGAGUGGAGAAAGAAAAAAAGAAAGUAAAAUGUAUGAGAGGCGAAAGAGUAUAAGAGAAGAUAUGACUUAAGAGAUAAGGGGGCGAGUAAGAAGAGAGAUUGACGAGAGGAGGGAGGGGAGAAAGAUACUUUAGAGAUAGAAGUGAAAGAUGAUAAUUAUUAAAAGAAAAUCUCCAGGUCUGCUAUGACCUUCCAUGACUGUCAGCACUUUCUCUACUCUCUCACUUCAACAACUUCCUAUUUCUAUCCAGCUGUUGUCUUACCCAGAACCACCAAGUUGAUGUUGCUAACUGCUAUGCACUUUUCAAUCUAUUACUGUAUGUAGCAUUAUUUAAUUUGCUAAGGUAUAAAAUAAUAUUAAAAAUGACUGCACAAUA